UAGAUGAUGAUUCCAGAAGAAGUAAAAAAGAAUGUGAGAGCUGUUUUGCUUUCAAGAACCGGUGGAGUACCUUUAAAUCAGUUUCUAUACGACUACCAAAAGCUCCUUUGUGAGCCACUGAUGUUUAAACCACUCGGAUUUUCUUCGUUACACAAAUUCAUGGAAGCCAUUCCAGAUGUUGCAAGGAUCGUGAAUCCAAAUGAUUCAGGUGCAAAGUUGUUUGGUGUCGGAGAACCGGACUCUUACAUGCCACUCAGUGCCAGAAAAGCUCAGGGAACACUUCCCAGAAAUUAUCACCAGAACUUAAAGAAAAGGGAAGAGUCAGAAAGCAAUGAUGUUGAUGACAACACAGAUUUCACUCUUGAACCAGACUUACGUGGGUUUUAUUCAGUAUGUUUGCCCACAGAGCUCAGUCCAAGUGCAGAUGACAAAGCUGUCAUUAGAGAGGUCUUUGAGCAGGUUGGCGAGGUGAAAUUGAUCCACAUCACUUCAAACUGGGUUUUUGUUAGAUAUGCCUCGCUCGCCGAGGCCAAAAGUUGUGUCGACACAUUUAAAGAUGAGUACGAUGUGAGAUUGGCCCAGAACAAGAAAAAGGCGGAGUCAUCGAAGGAAAAACCUGAAAAGAAUGGCAAGCCGUGGGUGUCUUCAAAGGGAGGUAACAAGAAAGGUCCGAGAAGGAACAGAGGAGAGUUCACAGAAGCAGAAGAUGAGAGUGAUUACGAGCCAGUCAAAGUGGACAGGGUCAAGAACGGGAGACGCGCAAAAGAGAAUGGGAAGGCGGGCCUGGCUAAGAAAAACGCUGGUGAUGUCUCGAUGGUCAAUGGACAUAAGUCUGUGGACAGACGGGAGCAGAAUCACGAUUCUGCUGCCGUGGUCUCCGGCUCUUCUGAAGAACAUUUGGAUCUGUUUGUCGGACGAAUUGAGCAUGAAGAAGAGUUCAGAAAGAUGGUAGAAAGAUACGAUCCAGUUUCUGUCUGCGUGCGAUGCUAUGGCCGGAAAAUCUUCGCCUUCGUAACAGUGAAAAAUCGGGCUGAGGGAGACAGAAUGAUACAAGAACAGAACGGAAAAAUGCAAACGAACGUUGAACUAUAUGUUGGCUACAAUAAAACUCGAGACGACAACGCGUCCGUCAAGUCUGAUGGUGCGGAGUCUACAAUAUUAUCAAAGAAAGCCAAGGUGAAUAAAGCGGCAAAAGGUGCGAGGACAGAAUGUGGCUUUUCCAAUAUGCCUGCCCUGGAGCCUGUGGGGAGCUACAGUGGUCGAGCGAUGGAGUUUGACCUGGACUGUUGUGUCUUUGUGGGAUUUUUUCCUCCAAACACCUUAGUGAGCUCUUUGAGGGAACUGUUUGAGACGUACGGCAUAGUGGACAUCUGUAUGGUUAAUAAUGGCAGUGGACCCGGAUGUACAAAAGCCUAUGUCUACCUAGAGACGGUAUAUGAUGUAGUCAAGGCAGUCAAAGAGUUAAAUGGGAACAAUGGGCUAGGACUGCCAAUAAAGGUUGAUGUUCCUUUCGAAAACACCGUUGUGAGGCGAAUUUUGGAGAAGGUAUUAGGUCGCAGCUGAUCCAGGGGUGUGGAUGUUUCUGAAUCGUGAAGAUGCAGCAAAGUGAAAGCAGUAUGAAACUGGUGAACUAGCUGCUAAUAUAAUAUUGUGCAUCCAGACAAUGCUGGAUUGAUGACAACAGCAUCCAGCCAGCAGAAGGGGUGUAAAAAUGUUGAUUUGUCAGUGUUGAUGGCACUGUGUAGAUAGUUUUACUUUUAAAUCAAACAAAUGUUUUCUUUUUGUUUGUUGGCUUAAAGGCACAACUGACGAGGUCCUCGUGACUCUUUGACUGGCAAUACCGACACUGAGUCAGUAAGCCUACACAUACGAGGUCCGUCCCAGAAGUGAGUUUCCCUGUUCAGUAAAAUCAACAUUUUUUAUUUUACAGACCUGAAAUUUUGUGCCUACCUACAGAAAUAUGCUUUCUAUUUAACAAAACAACCGUUGAUAUAAGUGAGCUUUUUCAUCUGAUGGAGUUGGUAGCCAAACGGAGUGACCAUGUCUGUUUUGGCCAGAGUCCUUGGCGGAGAAUUUGUUUUGAGCACAAUUUCUUUUUUGUCCUGAAAUCACUGCCACCUUGGUCCUUCUUUGAUUUUUUUUUUUUGUGAAGAAAUGAGGGUUGAAUGGUGCUAUGUCACGAGAAUACUUUUGAUGUUCAAGGAUUUCCUACUGUCAGGAGUCCAGGAGAUGGGUGACUUUUCAAGCAGUGAGCACAACAUCUUGUCAUGGUGGAAGACGACCACUUGCUCGAGCAGACCUGGCCACUUUUCUCAAAUUUGCUGAUUUUUUUUUUCUGUUCUGAAUCCCACGAAUGCAACCAUAUUUUAUUAUGUGUUUCGAUUCUUCCAAGGGCAAUAUGUCCCUUUAUUCCAUGUGACUUUCACUUCUUCCCCCAAAUCAAAGUAGUACUAAGAGGGCAGGGAUUUGAAGACAAGGAAGAAAUAUUAACUUUGUGACCGAAACGGACAUGUCCAUUGCAUUUCGCUACUGGCUCGUUCGGAUUUAAAAGUGCUUUGAGAUCAACAGUUUUUGUAUUGAAUCAAAAGCAUAUUUGUUUAGGUAUGAGAAACUAAUGGCGAAAUUAUUACUCUUUCACUUUUAAAAAUUAGUUUCACAUCUUGCUCUGUGAACCAUGGAUUAAAAAGAGUACAUACAUACCCUUGCUGUGAUUCAUACCUGAACCAUAGUGAAUAAUCCCUCCCCAUUGCCUAUUGAUCUGUUGAAAAUAUGAGUCAACUAGGUAUGUAUCUUUUAAUGCUUUUAUGCUUAAUCUUUCGAUUCUUAGGCUCCUAAAGACCGCUAUCCUUUUCUUGUAGUUCCGAUGUCCUGUACUUGAGGAGUUGCUACUUUCAGCUGAUUUUUUGUUGUCUUUCCAUUAUUAUUCCUCGCCAUAUCAGUAGUCGAAAUAUCCUUGUCCAAGUGGAAGCCCAAGUGUCCGUUGAGCCUGUCUCCUCUCUACUGCCUCCUCCGGUCUUUGUGGCUUCUGUCCCUCUGUCCGCAGCGGCUGAUUUCUGGCUGAACACCGUUGCGCGGGGACGAAGAACGCCUUCGUUUGUGGCUGUGUGAUCUCACUCUGUGGAGGAAUUUGUGCAACAUAUUACUCUCUGCUGAUUUCACUUCCGUAAUGUUUCCUCUUCCUCUUCCCCUAUCGUCCGUACAUCUAAUUUCCUUGUAAGUUGGUCUUUUCGGAUGUUAUAUAUUACCAUCCUUUUCUUUCAAAGCUCCUACACCUUUCUGGUUUCUUCUAUUUAACACUCUUGCGAUUCCGUAUAAUUAUUGGCUCCGUCAUGGGUUUCCUACUUUUCUUUUUUUUUCUCCUUUUUUGCCUCUUGCUAAUCUAGUCCCCCAUAACCUCGCUGCCCUCCUCUUCUGUCGAAGAAUCUUGCGAAUCAGUGUAUGUACAGACUCCUGUUUUGUGAGUUUCUUACUUUUUUUUUCUUGUUUGUCUUUUUUUGCCUUUUACUUAUCUGGUCCCCCGUACCCUCGUUGCCCUCCUCUUCAGUCGAAGAAGCAUUAACGCUGGAGUUUUCUAGCCCCUCGUCAUUUACUUGUGCGGAUACUUGUGUGGAUACAGCGAGACUUGAAUUUCUUCUCCCUCGCUGGCAGUUACCCUAUCAGUAAUAGGCCGGACACCACUCUCAGACUGACUCGCAUCCUCAUUACGAAGAUCUCCAAAGACACUACUUGUAUUGGGACACUGCUCGUCUCCGCCUGUGACCCUCCUGCCAACAGUCAAGGCACCUUUCAGGGUUUGGGCAGUUGUUGGCCCAAUGUCCAGUGCCGAGGCAUUUCUCUAUAAAAGAGACAAGCUCUGAAAGGACCCAUUUCAACCAUUCUGGAUAGGGGUUUUUCCGGGAGAUCUAUGUACAAAAAUCGUCUUCUAGUUACCCGGUUAGUCAGCUUCCCGUCUAGGUAGCAGCAAAACUCCAUUAAAAUCCUGGAACGAGGGACAACAUCGAUGGCCUCUGGGCUUUUUUAAAAUUUCCUUGUUACUAUAACUGAUUGGCACGCUGUCAAUAGUUAGUUUGUUGGUGGUAUUUCUUUGCUGUCUUGCCCUCUCAUUGAGAACGGGUUGUCCACCAACAAAUCAAUGCGCUUACCUCUGAUGAUGAUCCCAGAGGCUGGAAGAGCAGCCCUACACUCCUCGUUGAUGGUGUGGAAACCCCAUAUGUUCCCCAUGUUUUGGGCACCAACCACCAUCUUUGGUCCUGAUGUUUUCUCUCCCGCGGAGAAGAUAAAGUGGGUUGUUGUCUCCUGAGGACAGUCUGCUGACCAAUGGUGUACUGGUUUUGAGACAGACAUAUUUUUGGGACAAAGAAAGUCAACUAAAUUGUAAAUUGAACGAAAUUAAGAGUCAAUCAUUACAAUAGGGCUAGAGAAAAUAAAGAGAGUUAUGUAAAAAAAUUUAUAUCAAAAAUAAAAAUUGUUGAUUCUACAGAGCAGGGAAACUUACUUGUGGUACAGACUUGAUACAUUAUACGCCGAACCUGCCCCCUGUUUUUACACUUUUUAUUGACCCGCCUUUAAUCUCGACAGUUGCGGAAAGUGAUGGCAUACUAUUUAAUUCUUGUUUAAUUCUGUAGUUGCAUCUCUUGAUCCAAUUGUGUACCUUUCGUGGAGGGGUUUUGUUUUGUUUUUUGGUGGGGUGAGUUGCAUCAGGUAUUUUUUUUAGGUCUGGCUUAGUGUUUCGCCAUUUUCGGUGGAUGUUGCAUAUCAUCCAGCAUUUAACGGAAAAACUGAUAAUUUCUGCAGGUUCUGAUAUUAAACAAGGCCUACCAGAUGGUCAGAAAAGUAAUCUAGAAUACUUAAAUCCCAGUUCUGUUAAAAAGGGUUGGGUUGGUUUUUUUAAGUACCUUUCAGGUUGCUUUACGCACUUCCUCAACCUGUAGCUCCCGCAAUUCCGUGUUAAUUUUUGUCUAUAUUUCAAAUGAGCAUACGAAAAAAGUGUCUCUUCUGAUUAGUUAUCCAACUGUGAAUGAUGUAAAAAAAACCUUGAAAUGCCAAGUCGGAGGUUCAAUUGGGAUUUCAAUCCCUGGCAGUUAGUGAGUUAAUUCCUUUCCUGCCAUAUUUGCAUGGCUGUCAAUGUCACAUAUUGUCCGUGAGGUUCUCUAAACAUGGAAGUUUGUCAAAGGGGAUUUUUUUUUUAUUGAGAGGUGAACAAAAUAAUUUCUUACUUCCCUCAGAUGCGGUGCACUUAACCGCUUUGUUUGUAUGGUGGAAAUGAAUCUACCUUUUCUAUUAGUCAAAUAUUCUUGAUGAUCUUCUUGUACUGGACGGGAAAUCUCUCUCUGGGGCCCGCCUUCUAAAUGAUCUAAAUUGUGUUGAUGGGGACGUAAAACAACUUACAACUACGACCCUAUUUUGACAAAAUUCAAUAAUCUCAAAGAAUACAGUUUUACAGAACUACAUGAAGGAUGUAUUGUUUGGGCUUGGGUUGUUUGGGGUUUUCUUUGGAGGGGGGGGGGGGUAACGAAAACAUGGCCUCCGAGGUGGUUUAGUGUUGUGAAUUUAAGGGUGCAUCGGUCCAAAGGACAAGUUGGUAAAAAUGCAAAACGCUGUUGUUGGAAGUUUUCCUAAAUUGUUUCAUAUUCUGCCUAAUGUAAUUAUUGUGUCAAGUUUUGGAGGCCACGAAUCUGUUUUGGUUUAACCCCUUCCCUGCCUGGCCUGAGAUUGUCAAGAACUGUUUAGCACAAUUGUGGAACAGGCCUGGCAGCAAAUGGGUUAAUUGUCCAAAGUGUUAAAGUUUCAUUCAGUGUCUCUUAAGAAAGGAAACCAGACACUAAAAUAAUCUUUUCAGGUUUUUAAAAAA